AUGUACUCAUCACACCAUCACCUCUCAAGCCUCCUCAUCCUGAUUCUCUCCUUCACAAACGCCACUCUCCCACCACUCCACUACACCAUAACCCGACGCGGCGGUUCCUUUCCCGCUCCCGACACUGCCAAUCUCACAUUUCUCCAAUCCACACUCGCGGAUACCAAUGCCCGAUUCACCAAUUCCGAAAGGGUAUUGAGAGGAAAUCGGGUUGUGAGGGUUCCGAGACGAUGGCACGAUGGCCAGAUCACUAAUAUCACAAGUACUGGUAUGCAAGCACGCUCUGGAACUUUUCUCCAACCGGGCACGACUCUUCUCGGCGAAGUCGGUAAUCCUGGUUCGUGGUUUACUUCUUUGAAAAUUGGAGAGCCGUCACAGAAUGUUGAUAUGGACCUUAAUAUGUUGACGGCGGAUUUUGCGGUGAUUAGUACGCCGAGUGGGAAGGGGAGUUUCUUUCUGGAGGAGAGAAGUGGUACGUAUAGUGUGAGUAAUGAUGAUGAGGAUGGGAAGGGGAUGAACUUUCCUGGAUGUAGGUGCGGGGUUGAUGUGGUAGGCUUGCCAUUGGGGAUUGAUGUGUUUGAUGGGUUGAAGGGUGAGAGAUAUAUACCGGUUAGUUUUGCACAUUGUAGACCGCAGAAACAGUGGGUGGGGAGUUUGGGGAAGAGUGGUGCGAAUUUGGGUUUGGCGGUAGGGGAGGGAUUGGGACAGGUUGGGGGUUGGAAGGGAGGGUUGUUGGGGCAGAUGGUGAAGAGUAGGGUUGUGGAUGCGGAGGUGUGGAGUUUGAUGUUGAUUAAUGGGCAUGAGGGUGUUUUCAGUGUGGGAGGGACUUCGGUUAAGGCAGUCAGGGAGGUGGAAGGCAGGAUCGAAAAGGAAAUGGAGAAACUCGAUGCAGGUGAGUUACCAUUAGGAGACGAUGGAUUGAAAAAACUGGAUGAAGGCGGGCUGCAAUCUGGAAUUGAUGAAUUGAAGAGGAACGCCGAGUUAGGGUUGAUGAAGCGAGAUGAAAGUACGUUGGGUAACGAUGACCUGAAGCCAAACGAGGAAAGUGUUUGGGAAUGGAGUAAAGUUCGCGGCGCCGAUGGAUGGUGGGAAAUUCUGAUGAAAGGAAUAUGGAUCGACGGAAACAAAGUAUUAAAAAAUCAGCCAAUAGUCCUAGAUCUCAACACUCCAUAUAUAGUUGGACCAGCACACCUCGUCCGCGACCUCUAUGCCUCAAUCUCUGGCUCUCGCCAACUUCCACCCCCGUACGAUCAAUUCCACGCCUACCCAUGUUUCAAUCCCCCUCACUUAUCCCUCGAAUUUGGAAAUUUGAGAGUCAAAGUAUUGGAGGGUAAGAGAGAUGCGGGGAGUUUCUCGCCAGGGGGAAGAUUUAGUCUGGGUAGGAUGGAGAGGGGCAGUGGAUAUUGUAUAGGCAUUGUAGUGGAAGGAAGAUUUGGUCAUGAUGAUGGUGCAGAUGGAGAAGGUGGAAACGCUGCCGUGGAUGGUAAUGGAAUGGAGGAUAUGUGGAUUCUGGGAGAACCUUUCUUUAAAGAUGUACAGGUUGCUUUUGAUUGGAAGGAGAAAAGGGUUGUCUCUACAUUUUCAUACUUGUUCUUUUUGAAAUUUACCAGCUCGAUGAUGGCGGAAUUAUUGCCAUCCCAGAUUGAAGAUUUUCUGCAAGGGCCGGCUUUGAAUCCUCCACCGGGUGUCACCUCAAAUUUUGACAAUCCUUAUACUUUUCUUCCAGCAGCCAACGCGGUUAAAAUAGUUGCUACCAUUCUAGCCACUUUAGCUAUCUUCAUACGGACUUACACAAAAUGGCGGAUUAUUAGAGAGGUACACUUAGAAGAUUAUUUUGCGGUUGCAGCUUGGGGCGGUUAUGUAGUUUUUCUUGUGACAACCGGUUUCGAUCCUAGUGUUUUCGGACGACAUCAAUGGGAUAUCAGGUUAAAAAAUUUCCAAAUCUUUCUUUACGGCACCUACAUAACAUCUAUAUCCUUUGGUCUUGCGAUAUUGUCAAUCAAGAUAUCCAUAUUGCUACAAUAUAUUAGGCUCUUUACUGCAGGAACACGAGACUUAAUGUUCUGGAGCUGUCACGCACUGAUGUGGACAAAUAUCGUAUCCUAUGUUGUUCUUUUGUUCAUGACGAUAUUUAUUUGCACUCCUAUAAAGAAAUUCUGGAACGUGUUGGAUACCACCGGUCACUGCCUCGAUGUGAAGUAUGUCUUCAUGGCCACCGGAACUAUCAACACUGUGUCCGACUUCCUGAUUAUCUUACUACCGCAGCCAAUCAUUUGGAAACUACAAAUGAGUUUCAAGGAACAUGUUGGUGUUUCAGCGGUUUUCUCGACGGGACUCUUGGCGUGUAUAGCAUCAAUGGUGCGCUUGUUCAUUUCGUCGAAACUUUUGAAAAAUGACGACAAUGCUUGGUUGACGAGUCUCAUGUGCAUUCCUUCAUAUGUCGAAUUGGGAGCUGGUAUCAUCACGAGCUGUCUUCCGACUCUGCCCAGAUUUUUCAAAACGAUGGCACAGAUACCUUGUUUUGCGAAGAUGGGUACUUUCCUAUCUUCCUUCUUCAUGUCGUUUAAAUCCUCGAAGAGGACAUCGGAAAGAACCAGUAGCUCCUCACGGCUCCAGCAUCGCAGGAAUUCAUCGAUGGCAAGGGUACAGAGAAGAGACCCAGAAAGUUACAAUGUUCUGGGCGAGUGGGAAAGUCAGAAUACUGCGUUUUCAACGACAAGUUUGGGAAAUGUCACGACCGCUGCAGGAGUGGAAAAUGAUGGGAAUAAUAUGGAGAUGAAGCCUAUUGAUGAAAAAAUGGGAAUCCUACGAUCUGUUCAGGUUUCGGUAAUUCGUCAGGGCUCAUUAUGCAAUGUAGGGAGAUGA